AUGGAGGCAGAUCGCUGUGAGGCAAGACCUAUUGGAUGGAUCUUGGAGCAGCUUAGCGGUCAGCCUAAUGUGGAAAUUAUCUACUUUUACCCCCCGGAUCCCCCGCAUUCACCCUUGGACCCUGAAUACAAAAGAAUGAAGGCCGAGUUCAAGGAACAAGGGAAUUUUUUGUUGCCCGACGAAGAUGACGCAGACCUAUGA